AUGAACCGCCUCCAAAUCUUUCUAGUCGCUCAGCUUCUUAUUACGGGGGCCUCCCCAGCCCCAUUAAGCUUUGAUAUUUCGAAUUCAACCUUGCAAAUUACACAGACGCUAGAGAAUACCAGAUCCCUCAUAAUCCCUAUCACCACUGUGCAAGUUCACGGUACCAAAACCGAAUCCGUAGAUCCCGCCAACGAAACCCCAGGGCCGGAAGACAAGACGUCUAAGGGAUCUACUCGUCCCGGAGCCACUUGUUGCGAGCCUGAAAAAAAUACAAUCUCUAGCUCCACAUCAUCCUCAGAUAGACAUGAGCUCACCGCGACACCACAUGCAGCGGAGGAAUCAGCUAUCGAAAAUAAUUUAGUCAGCCAAUCUCUCGCAACACCAUCCGGUUCUGAAAUAAAACCGUCACAAGUGAUGCAUGCAAAUGUCCAAUACACGCAAACAGUUGGCGAACCAAACAUAGACGCCCCGUUUGAAAGUUCUGAGGGAGAUCAAGCGGUAGCCACAGAGCCAAUUGUAAAUUCCAGUGUAGCUUUAGCGCCACCAGAUUCUAGAGACAAAAGAUAUGGAAAUGAAAUUGGCCCUCAGUUCUUCUAUGAAGCCGCACCAAUCGUAAGGUGUCCGUCAGCUGCUACUAUCCUAAGCAGGGCUGAAGAGCAUAGAAAUAAAAACUGGCCGAAAAUUGGUACCGGAAGAUUCUCCACCCGCCCAGACUACGCGAAAAAAAUAGAUGUGGACGGGUACAAGAAAGUUCACGAUGCAUUGGUUCUAAGAGUUUCUAUCUGCCGCUCGUGUUCGUGUGACCCGGACAAUCCUGAGGCGGGCUUACGAGAAGGCCCAGGACCAAACUCAAGAUGCACCGAAAUUACAGCUCCUAGAUGCAUGGCGUGGUUCGGCUGCACCUGCUUUGCGCGGCUGAUACAACCCCUUCCGACGGAUGCAUCCGGUACGCAUUCUCCUCAGGAAUGGCAGGAUGCUAUAAACAGUAUACCUCCCGCGAUAAUGUACCAUAACCACGGAUGGACAUGGCAAGGCCUUGGAAUGGGAGUGGGAGCUCCGGGGGGCAUUUUGCCGCCGGAAGAACCCCCCGUAUGGGGUCCAGAUGAUCUAGGACCUGAGCAUCGGACUCUAGAAGACGAAGCCAGCGAGUUUGAUUAUCUUUUUGGCCUACUUCAUGAUUCUUCCAGUUCGGGGGGGUUUAAAGAUCGCGGCGGCAGAUGGGACGGUGGACGGGGCGGUGGCAGCUCCAAAGGGGGCUUUAGUGGGUUUCAUGACAGAGGUGAUGACGGCGCUGGAGCGGGGGUCUACAAACGGGGAGCCUCAGAGGAACAGUCGUCCACAGCAGAUAAAUUGUAUCCGGGAGCAAGGAACUUUAAUUAA